ACACAUGGUGCAGCACAAGCCUAUAAAAUUGGAAAUUACUACCUUUUGUGUAUCUUAUUUGUAGUUAAAAACAUUAAUAUAAAAAAUUUGUUUAGUAAAAAUCAGUCCUCAGUAAACCAGAAUUUAGCCACAUCAUUAACAAUAGCGGCAGUUGCAUCUAUAUCUACUGUAACUACUAGUGACAACAAUAAUGAUAAAUCAGAGAUCUUAAGCCUAUCACAUUUAGGCAAGCAUGUAUGUAGA